AUGGAGUCUCAUUUAGGUCUGGAACCAGGACUCGAUCGAAUCUGCUGCGAAGCUUGCACCGCAGCUCUGGAUGGUUACCAGAUUUUAGUGCUGUCCGAUAGAGCGGCCAGCAAAGAUAACGUACCAAUAUCGUCACCUCUAGCUGUUGGUGCCAUCCAUCAAUGUUUGAUAAGGCACCGGUUGAGGAUGAAGGUUGGUUGGAGAUUGAUAGUACUAGAUGGCUUCUGA